AUGUCGUUCACUCCCCUCAACGCCCCCAGCAAGAUGCGGAUAGAACUCGAGAGCAGCAGCAGCUCGGACUCUCCCCGUCCAGCAGACAACGGUGGGGCGGCAUCUUGGGAGUUUCAGGGCCUAACCUCGUCUUCUGUCCGUCGCAUCCUCCCAAUGCACCCAUAUGGCAACCUCAAUGGCGCUAUCCGCGAGCGCAGACCACGAGCACCUGCCAAAAAAGCUCUUAGCCCACCACUCGACGAUAUCGACGAGGAACCACCUUGUCCACGGGGUUCCAAGCCCAACACCGCCGUCCGUGGAUGGGAUCUACGGCACGCGGCACGUCGACCUCGCUGGCAUCCGGUAAGGACAGGAGGAGAGGCUCGUAGAGCUGCCUCGAUGCCAUAA